AUGGAUUACGAAGGAGACAUCAUUGAUGAGGACAGCCUGACCCCUAGGGUCUUUGAUCGAACGAAAAAAAGCAUGGGCAUGAAGAACUUCAACAUGAAGAACAACGAGGCGGAGAAUAGCCCAAGUAAAAAACAAACUAACAGAAAAAAGUCCAGAAAUUUUAACAACGAAGAAGGGGAUAACAGAUCGAUCAGCAAAAUGAAGCGAGUCAAAAAGGAUAUUGCAAAAACGGGAUACGAUUACACCAAUAUGCAGAAGAUAGAAGGAAUGUACAAAAAUGAAAGCACAGAUGGGGGAGGGGACAAAACGGAUAGUGUGGACAACACAGACACUAAUGGUCGCUUCACAAAUAAUACAGUGGAAAAAAGCGAAUCCUCCUUUAUGAAUAACGGAUGGCAAACACCAAAAAAGAGCAACGUAGGGAUGUACUAUUCUGGUAUUGAUAAUCCGUCCACUUUAAAAAAGUACAAAACGCCAUGCGAAAUGGACAUGAUAAACCCCGAUGAGAGCUUAAUAGGGGAAAAUAAUCCACAUAUGACAUAUGACGACUUCCGUUGCCUUUUCAAGCACAAAGCGUGCAUCAUAAGUGAGCACGAAUUUAACAGCAAGAAAAAUUCCAACCAAAUUGAUAAUUACGAAAAUAAGUACAUAGACUGUUUCACGUCGAACUAUGAAAACAACUCGUGGCCAAAUAAGAAGGAGGUAUCUCCAUCCUUAAGUAGAUCCAACACGAAAUUGUUGAACACCAGUAAGGAAUCCCCCAGGACUAGGAAAAGGAAGGUGGAAAAUGGGGCCAAUGUGAACACCAAGAAGCUGCUCAACCUGUUGGGUCAGUGUGGUAAGAAUAAGCGCGACAAGGAGAAUGGAGUUAACAGUGGCACCAGCGCCAACAGCGGUAGAAGUGGGCAUAGCGGGUAUAGCGGGUAUAGCGGUAAAAGUGGUCAUAGUGGACAGAGCGGUAAAAGCGGGCAUAGUGGGCAUAGCGGACAGAGCGCAAACGGCACCAACAGCACUAACAGCACUAACAGCACCAGUAGCAAUAGCCCCAGCAAGAGCGCGCAAAAAAGUAGUAGGGGCCAGCACCGCGAAGGAGGAGAAAACGAAAACAUGCACACAAAAUGGAUAGACUACGAAGUCAACCCUGUUAUUAUAAAAGGUAGCAACAAAACCGAAAGAGACGCUGCAUCUAUGGACCAAAUGUCCAAACAGAAACAGAACCCGUUGACCCCAAUUUAUGAACCCUAUUCCAAAGAUCUAGACACCUUAUUUGAUAUAAGUCAGAUAGAAACCCCAGCCAUCCUGUUAGGCAUAUAUCGAGGUUUGUUAGUGUCCGUGUCGAGAAGAAACCAAAAGAAUGCACCCGCUUUUUAUCAACUAGUCAAACAUGAAGUGUUAGGGUUUAGUAACUGCCAAUCUUUUAGCAUAGAAUCAUUGAAGCAACUCGCAUGGAUAGCACCCAAUUUGAUACAGCUAAAUAAGGUAGUCAUAACGAAGGAAAUUUUUGAAGCAAAUCAACAAGCUUACCCCGAUUUUGUCACAGGAAGGAAGGUAGAAGAUAUACAAAUAAGAGAGCAUACAGAUGCGUGCGAAAAUAUAUAUAAAUACAGCCCAUCUGAUAAACUAGAAAUGUUAAAAAGGAUCAUCAUUAAUUGGGUUAAUGUAAAGCACAACGAAUUGUUAAGAGGAAUUAACCCUGAUUUUUAUUGCCCCAAAUAUUCUGAACUUAAAAAAUGGCAUUCAAAAUUUAAUUUUAAAGACAUUCUAUUUCCAUCUGUUACGUUGGAAGAGAAUAAAAUUCUGGCUCAACUAGCACAGACUCCUCAAGAGAGUAAUGCAGAUGAUUUUAUUGUUAUCCAGGACAGUCCCAUAAAAUGUGCUACGAACGACUUCAGGAAAAAUGGAACCAUUGUAAAAGAUAUGUUAAAGGAGAAAACGAGGACUCCUUUGGGAAGAAAUAGAAGAAAAUCAAACUUCCAGGGUGGGGGAAGUCCAUUCGCUAGCUCGUUUAAUCAUAAUAACAACAUGGAGAACUCUCCAAGGAAAAAGGAAACAAAUAACAUGAAACAGAUAAGGGAAGAAGCAAAUAAGAAAAAUAUAAUAAAAGAAAUUAAAACAAAAUUUGAAAAAGAACACGAAACGGUAUUGAAUGAAAAAAAAAAAUUUGAAGAUGCAACAUGGAUUGCAGAAAUUAUACACGACACAUUUAUAGUCGAAGGAACACAAACAGUGAUAGAAAUAAAUACCUUCUCCAAAAAAAUUGCUGACAAGUAUAAAACGAAUAAAGGAUUCCAGAUGGAUGAGGCCAAAAUAGCACAGCUUAUAGAAAUGCUGCCACAGUAUGUCUCCGACAUUAACUUAAAGCCUAGUAUGAUGGAUAAAAAUAAAAUGACCUUGUCAGUAAAAUGUAAGAAAAAUCUCGGAACCUUCCUGGAGCCACUUACCAACAAAAUUAACGACCUUUCUCGGAAGUACCAAGAGCUGAAAAAGAAUAAAGAAAAGAGAUUAAACGAGUUAUGGAAACAGCACAACGUAGGUUUUGAGCUCACCGAGAAUAUUAAGAAGUUCUUUUUAAAACCCAGUUCGGUAUGCUUCUCGGACAUUUAA